CAACACUAGCCUUACUAAAAUGUCGACGUUUAUGUCCCCUCACUAAUCAUUCUGACACUGGACUUUGUAAUGAAAUCGCGUCAUUCGCGCCUAAGGAUUCUAAUUGAUAAUAAAAUUUGAGGGCCGGUUUUUGGCUUUUGCGCCCUGGGCGAGAAUUAUGCGACGUCUACUUUUAUGGUAAGUGGUGAAAUCUUUCAAAGAUAGAGUAUCUUACGGGGCACCGGAAGCGCCAGAUUCGGAUAUAUGCUCGGUACCCUGGGCGGUUGCUCUAUCUUGCCCUACUCUAACGCCGUUAUCUUUCUCACGGUGAAGGAGAACAUCAUGAGUAUCAUAGGAACAAUAUGUCAGAUUGUCGUUUAACCAGGUUAGACAUUAUUUUGUAUAUGUGAAUUGAGUUUAUGGAGAGAGAUAACUACGUAAUAAUUUGAUCAGAGAACGUCUCUAAUUAUAAUGUAAAGUUUACCGACCCUGAAUGAUAACAAUUCAUUUAUAUGAAAAGUUUUGCUAUUGUUAUUCAAACCUUAUCAUAUUGAAAUAAAGUUCAUUUUUCUUUAAACGUGUUUACAAAAAUUUCAAUGCCACUUAAACGGUUCCGCUGAAAAAUUUAAAAGCGAUAAGCGUAGUGUACAUUGAAGGAAGUACACAGGUUUCCAGUGUCUAGAUACAUGUAUAAAAACACUUUUUAUUGGCAGGUCUUACCAACAAGACUAGUCUUUAAGUUUUUGAAUAAAAUUCAAAAUCAUGAUAAAUAGUUUUCCAUUAGCAACAUUAAUCUGGUAAUACGAUUAUUUUUCAUAAUAUUUUUUUACUAAAAUAAGCAUAUUCAAUUUCGAUAAAAAUAAUUCGCAUCUGGCAAGUAUCAAGUAAUCAUGAAACGCAGUUCUUUUUUUAACAGGCGUCAGUGUGCACGCGGCGGCUUACAUCAUCUCGGUAUCAACAGUUUACCGAACAAACACCUGACUAAACAGUCGAUGACGAGCCUCAAUGCAAACUGCAUUCUAGCCCACGCUGUCCGCUGAUCAUACAUUCAUUGCCACGCCUAGGAAGCCACCGACGAACCAAAACUAUGGAGCGAAACCCACACUUCGAAAGCAAGAGAACCGGCAGUCCGUUCCAAAAAGAUAAAGAACCAGAUGGUAUAAUUCACGAGGAAGUUCUGCAGAAGACAAACUAUGAUAUACAGAAGGAAAAGAAUAAUGAACUUCUGCAGAAGAUUAACAAGAAGACGGCGGAGUACCAGUCGAACAAACCGAGCUCCGGCGUGUUCACAGAAGUAGUGACCCAUGGUGCGUUCACUACCAAAAAGGUGGAAAAGGAGAAAGCAUCGAAAGUAGAAAGUGUACCGGCCAAGUACGGGAACGGUUCAAAUUCUAAAUCACUUCUCGGUUACCCAUCAUCAGCUAACGACUUAGCAUUAGACGCCAAAUCAGAUUUAGAAUCCGAUCCUAAUAUAUCUAAAGAAGUUAAAGAUAAAGUUAUUGAAAAAUUGUUUACAUUAGUAUCAAUGGUGCAACAUACUUACGAAUCUAAAGUUCGCGUAAUGACUGACUUUGAAAAGUUUAAAGAUACAAAUUUAAAGAAUGAAAUCCGCAGAGAGAAGGAACAUUCCGAACAACUAUACAAAUUAAACAUGAACUUUCAGAAUGAAGUCAUACAAGCAGUGCAACAAUUGAAGAGUGAACUAGAUAUAUCUAGAAAUAUAUCUAAUAACGUAGAAGAUAAUAAUAUUAAUAAUAUAGAAGAUUCUAUAAGUUUUAAUACGAAUGAUGUUCAAACAACGUUGAAUAAAAAUAUUUUAGAUGACGUCACCGAUGAUAGAACCCAACAAAGCGAACAAUCAGUUACCAAAGUCGACGACAAGUCGGAAUAAAUUAGCAUAAUUAUUUUACAACUGUUUAGUUUAAUAAAAUAUAUUU